GUCCACUUCCUUAACAACAAACCGAGCAGCAGCUCCUCAUUCGCUCGGUGUGUUUGGAGAACUAUGGAAUAUAAUCGCUACAUUUUCACUUACUUUUGGACUGUGUGAGAUACGUGACGCCGGAUGCUUCAGUUUAAGCGGAACCGGAUGCGGAAGAGCGAGAAACGAGAUAAUUAACUCAGACCUGACGGCGCUGAGCCAUUUUCACAUCGGCCGUAACGACUGAAGCAUGCUUGAAGCUCUCCUCUGAUCGCUGCGAUGGACGACGACAUCCCGACCCUGAAGCCCAGACGGAUCCAGAACCAGAACGUGGUCCAUCGUCUAGAGAGACGGAGGAUCUGCUCAGGUCGACCCGGAGCUCACUGGUACCGAGUGCGCUGCUUCCACCAGAACCUGUUCCCUAACUUCACCGUGGUGAACGUGGAGAAGCCGCCCUGCUUCCUCAGGAAGUUCUCUCCAGAUGGACGCUACUUCAUCGCCUUCUCCUUUGACCAGACGUCCCUGGAGAUCUACGAAUACCAAGGCUGUCAGGCAGCUCAGGACCUCCUGAGAGGCCAAGACGGCGAGACCCUUUCAACAGCCAACGACCAGCGCUCCCUCAACAUCCGGGGCCGCCUGUUCGAGCGCUUCUUCUCUCUGCUCCACGUCACCAAUGUGGCCUCAAACGGCGAGCACCUCAACCGCGAGUGUAGCCUCUUCACAGACGACUGCAGAUACGUCAUCGUCGGCUCGGCCGUCUACGUCCCCGACGAUCCGCCGCCGUACUUCUUCGAGGUGUAUCGCAACAACGAGUCUGUGACCCCCAACCCUCGGUCCCCUCUGGAAGACUACUCGCUCCACAUCAUCGACCUCCACACCGGCAGGCUGUGUGACACCAGGUCCUUCAAGUGUGAUAAGAUCAUCCUGUCUCACAACCAGGGCCUCUACCUCUACAGGAACAUCCUGGCUGUGCUGUCAGUCCAGCAGCAGACCAUCCACGUGUUUCAGGUGACCCCUGAUGGAACGUUUCUGGACGUGAGGACGAUCGGCCGCUUCUGUUACGAAGACGACCUCCUGACGCUCUCGGCCGUUUAUACCGAAGCUCAGGCGGAGAGCCAGACGGGCUUCCCUCGCCUCUACACGGACAAAACCAUCAACUCCCUCAAGCACCGGCUGCUGGUCUACCUGUGGAGGCGAGCCGAGCAGGACGGCAGCGCCACGGCCAAGAGGAGGUUUUUCCAGUUUUUCGAUCAGCUGCGACGCCUCAGGAUGUGGAAGAUGCAGCUGCUGGACGAGCAUCACCUCUUCAUUAAAUACACGAGUGAAGACGUGGUCACACUGAGAGUCACCGACCCGUCGCAGCCGUCGUUCUUCGUCGUCUACAACAUGGUGUCCACCGAGGUGCUGGCCGUCUUUGAGAACACCUCAGACCAGCUGCUGGAGCUCUUUGAGAACUUCUGCGACCUUUACAGGAACGCCACGCUGCACAGCCAGGCCGUCCAGUUCCCCUGCUCCGCCUCGUCCAACAACUACGCACGCCAGGUCCAAAGAAGAUUCAAAGACACUAUAGUGAACGCCAAAUACGGCGGCCACACUGAAGCGGUGCGGCGGCUGCUCGGUCAGCUGCCCAUCAGCGCCCAGUCGUACAGCAGCAGCCCCUACCUCGACCUGUCGCUCUUCAGCUACGACGACAAGUGGGUGUCCGUGAUGGAGAGGCCCAAGACGUGCGGAGACCACCCCAUCAGGUUUUACGCCCGAGACUCCGGCCUGCUGAAGUUCAAGAUCCAGGCGGGCCUGCUGGGUCGGCCCGUUAAUCACGCCGUGCGCCGCCUGGUCGCCUUCACGUUCCACCCCUUCGAACCGUUCGCCAUCUCUGUCCAGCGCACCAACGCGGAGUACGUGGUCAACUUCCACAUGAGACACGUCUCAGCGUGAUGAGCUGCUGCAGUCGUGAUGCGAAGGCCGGCUCUCCUACGGAGAAACGUCCUCAGUUCUGCUCCUCACUCAGGGUUCCUGGACCUUUUUUACUCAGAUAUCCAGAGUUCUCAGUGCGAAAAAUGUAAAAGUACAGCACGUGUUCUCACACUGGUCAGGACUGAAAUAUGAAACCAAAAAAAUAGGCGGAUGGCUGGUUGAACUUUGACGGUACGGGAUGAGUUUUUUGUUUUCCAUACCCUUAUUUUUUUUCCAGACUUUUUCAGACUCCAUAGGAUCUCUUACCUGCCUCAUUCUCAGCACGCAACAGUUCUCCCCUUUUCCCUCUCCUCUCCUCUGCUGUUGUUUUUUUCUCCUUCGCAGAACAAAGAGGCGGCUGUGGGGAGGAGAGGAUGGACUAAGUGUAAAUGGAGAUGUGGUUGACGUUCUGUGGAGGUGGAAUCCACAAGAGCUUUUAUGUGUCAGAUAGCUUCUCCAAUCAAACUUUAUGGUUUUCUUAAUUUUUUAUAUUAUUUUACUUUUUAAAUGUUUGAUUGUACAUAUUCUACAACUAAUAAAGUUCAUUUUAUUUUAUACUUUUA